GCCCCGGUUCCGCCUCCCCGGCCCGCCCGCCCCGCUCCGCUCCCGGCCCCGGCCCCGGCCCCGCUCCGGCCCCGCUGCCGCCCGCGCAUUCUCCAGUGUGAUUUGAAUGAAGUACCCUAAAGUAAAGGCCCUCUCCAGUGUUCCCGUCCACAGGCCUGGACAAGAUGCCAAAGCAGGAAAAUGGCCAAAGGGAAGAUUCUCUCAUCCAGAAUGACCUCAGUGAAUCAUUUGAAGAAGAAGUUAGAGCCUUCCUCGGUGAUGAAGAGAAACUGCAUCUUUUUGACGACCUCACCAAAGUGAAUCCGGUGACAACCAGGACAGUUCUGAAAUGUCUUCAAGCAAGAUACAGAGUCAACCUGUUCUACACAAAUGCUGGCUGCAGCCUGGUGGCUUUAAAUCCUUUCCAGCCUUUCUCCUGCCUCUACUCACCUGAGCUCAUGAGGGAGUACCACGUUGCACUUUGUCCUCAGGAUCUAAAACCUCACAUCUUUGCAGUGGCUGAGCAAACCUACAGGAAUGUCCAAAAGCAGAUGGACCCUGUGAACCAGUCCAUCAUUGUGAGUGGAGAAAGUGGUGCUGGGAAGACCUGGACCUCUCGCUGCCUCAUGAAGUUCUAUGCCUCUGUUGCUGCCUCAGUUAUCUCCCCAAAAGGCAACGAAACUGUGGAAAGGAUAGAGAAGAGAGUGCUGGAUUCCAACCCUGUCAUGGAAGCAUUUGGGAAUGCCUGCACCCUGCGGAAUAACAACAGCAGCAGGUUUGGGAAAUACAUCCAGCUCCAGCUGGACAGAUUCCAUCAUCUGACUGGUGCUUCCAUCCAGACUUUCCUUCUGGAGAAAACAAGAGUUGCCUAUCAGGCCCCCAAUGAAAGAAACUUCCAUAUUUUUUAUCAGAUCACAAAAGGUGCUACUGCAGAGGAGAGGCUGGAGUGGAACCUUCCAGAAGGGGCUGAGUACCGCUGGCUGCCAAAUUCUGAAAGAAACUUAGAUGAGGACUGCUUCGAGGUGACCAGAGGGGCAAUGUUCCACCUGGGCAUCGGCCGUGCCACGCAGAGCAAUAUUUUCAAGGUGUUGUCAGGCCUUCUGCACCUUGGGAACGUUCAAUUCUCUAAUCCAGUGGAUGAAUCUCAGCCUUGUGAACUGGAAGACAAAACCAAAGAGUUUGUGAAGACCACGGGGGAUCUGCUCCAGAUUCCCAUUGAGGAACUCCUGGAAUCUUUAAGGAUUCGAACAAUCACUGCUGGAAAACAGCAGCAAGUGUUCAAGAAGCCAUGCUCCAGAGCUGAGUGUGAGACCAGGAGGGACUGCCUGGCCAAAGUCAUCUAUGCCAGGUUGUUUGAGUGGCUGGUUUUGGUCAUAAAUGAAAACAUCUACACAGAUCCCUCGGUGUGGACCAGCUUCAUAGGUUUGUUGGAUGUUUAUGGGUUUGAAGCCUUCCCUGAAAACAACUUGGAGCAGCUCUGCAUUAAUUAUGCCAAUGAGAAACUGCAGCAGCACUUUGUAGCUCACUACCUGAAGGCACAGCAGGAAGAAUAUGCAGCUGAAGGUCUGCAGUGGUCAUUCAUAAACUACCAGGAUAACCAGAACUGCCUUGACCUGAUAGAGGGAAAUCCUCUCAGCAUUUUUUCCUUGCUGAAUGAGGAGUGUCGUCUGAACAGAGCCUCCAACACUGACCUGUUCCAGACCAGGAUUGAGAAAGCCUUGUCCAGUAAUCAGUGUUUAAGUCGAGAUAAGUUUAGUAAGAAGCCCAACUUUAUCAUUUCACAUUAUGCUGGCAAAGUCUGCUACCAGCUGGCAGCAAUGGUGGAGAAAAAUAAGGAUGCUGUUCCACCAGAGCUGGUCCACGUUUUGCAGAACUCAAAGGACCCUUUCCUUCAAAAAUUAUUUCCUGUGACAGAAAAGAACCAAAAUAACACCAAAACCCAGAACAGAGCAGCUGUUGUUACAGUGGUGUCCAAGUUCAAGAGCUCCCUGGAACACCUGAUGGAGAUUUUGAGCAGAACCACACCCCACUACAUCCGCUGCAUCAAGCCCAACGCUGACUGCAAGGCCCUGACUUUCAGGAGAGAAGAGGUUCUCAGCCAGCUCCAGGCCUGUGGAAUAGUGGAAGCCAUCACCAUCAGUGCAGCAGGUUUCCCAGUCAGGAUCCCUUUCCAAAGUUUCACUGAGCGCUACGAACUACUGAGAAAAUCCUGGGGCUCCAGUAAAAAAAGAGUGUGGGACAAAAGCAGCUCUCAUCCUGCUGAGAAAAAAGGUGAGACUCCAGGGAUGGGUGAUGACAAAGCACCACGUGCUGCUGUUCUGGAGAUCCUUGAGGAUGCUGUUAGAGGACAAACCCCUGCUCAGGAAGCAGGGAAUGGAGCAGGAGUCCCCUCAGUCUACUGUGGCAAAACCAAAGUGUUCCUGGCCAAUUCCCUGCUGGAGCUCCUGGAAGCCAGGAGAGCAGAGGUGUUAAAUGAGAAGGCAUUUUGCAUCCAGUGCUGCUGGAGAAGAUUUAAAGAGAAGAGGACAGCAAAGGAGAAACGCUCUGCAACUCUCAUCCAAGCAGCUGUUCGUUCCUGGCUGGCCAGGAGUCGCUUCCAGAGGCUGCGCAGGGCUGCCCGUGUCAUCCAGCGGGGCUGGAGGAGGUGGAAGGCAACAGCGGCCGCGCUGGCAGCAGCGGAGCUGGACGAGGGGGAAGGAGAGGAGUUCCCAGCCCCUGGAGCUGCCCUGGCCAAAGCUCCCUGUUCCCUGGACACAGCGUGGCCUCUGCAGGCAGCUGUGCAGCUCUGGCCCCUGGGCCUGGUGCUGGCUGCUGCCCCUGGCAGCGCCACGGGGCCGCGGCGGGCGCUGGCGCUGCUGGGCUGCCUCAGGGGGCUGCAGGAGAGCCCCAGGGGACACCUGGGCUGUGGCAUCGCCUCCAUCAGAGCCCUCCCGCAGGGCUCUGUCAAGUUCCACUGCAGGAGGUCCCCCCUGCGUUUUGCCAACGUCAGCCCCCACACGGAGGCGUUCUCCAUCACGGGACUCAACCAGAUCCUGCUGGACAGACAGGAGCUCCUGCCCACAUAGCUCUGCCCUGGCCUUGGCCUCCAGGAGGGCUCUCUGCAAGCUGCUGCUUCCAAAUCACUCAACAUCCACUUCUGCUGCUACCUCAGAGCUUCCACAGCGCUGCCCCGCACCUACACGGUGAUGGAAUGGGAUACAGCUCAUAAUACACCUUAUAAUAACAUUGUAAUAACUUUAAAUUACAUUUUCUGUGUGUGGGGGCAGCUCUUCUCCCCCCUCCCCACCUUACAGGAAAUACCAACACUAUGGGAACAAAUCAAUUCCAAGAGAUCAGGUGCUUGAAGCAAUGAAUACUUGAACUGAACGCUGCUGGCACUGCCUGCAGCAGCCAGAGUGAGCAAAUAAUGCAAAUAAACGUUCCUGAUUCCUGCUGGCUUCUCAGAGCUGCCGUCCUGACCGAGCAGCAGCGUCCCCAGGGGGGGAGGAGCAGCCAGCUGCAGCCCAUGGGGCAGAUGUCUCAGGGAAAAGCAAGGCUGGGCUCUUGCUUUUAUCCACAGAACCAAAAUUUGUGAGCUCUCACAGCUGCCAGGUGUGUGCAGAGCUCCCCAGACAGCACCACCCUGCCCAGGGGCUCACCAGGGGUGCUCUGAACCCUCCCUUUGUUGCUUGUGGAUCUUCAAAAUGUUCAGCUGCUCGGUGUAUGUCAUUUAAAAUAAACUGCUCAAUGCCUUGUCAAA